UAGCGCAUGUAGGACGUUUUGGAGACAAGACCAGAAUGGAUGAUCAGUCCGGUUUGGUGAAUUUGGACAACCUUUUGCUGCAGUUAGCUUUAGAGACUCGAGAAUUAGAUCAGAAGAAAGAUGAUCUGACACAACAAAUUCAAAUGUAUAGAGUGAACAUACAAGAAAAGGGGAAAUGCAUUGAAGAAUCUCAUAAGGCCAUAAAGAAACUGGAGGAGGACAUUCAGCAAAAGGAGAACACGGUGAAAUGCUGCAAAGACAUCGUGAUAAGUCUACGUGGAACAAGUGAUCUCCUGCUUCAGUAUGAGAAGAUGCUGGAAGCUGAGCUUGAAAGAAGGCAGGAAAGCUAUAAUCAAGACAUGAAGAUGUUCCAGGAAAGAAUGGAAAACUACUGGAAAAUAUUUCAGCAGCAUAAAGAGGAGUAUUUGCGGAAUCCUCUGGCCACCAAGCUCCUAAAGAUCCAUUCCGAGAAUGAAGAAAUUGAAAAAAGAAUCCGAGCGACAGAAGAUGAAAUAAUAGCAAAAGAGAAAGUGCUGAAAGCUCUUCAAGUGGACAAAGACACCUGUUACAGCCAUGAAUGUUUUCCAAGUGUUCAGAAACCCAUUGAACGAAACGAACAACAAGCGGCGCCACCCGAAGGUGACACUCGGUCUGAAGCCGAUCCUGAAGCACAGGCUACCAAAACAGAGCAAGAGGAUAUUCAAAUAGAGCAGGAUGAGAAGUGUUUGGAGAAAAAUCAGGACCAGGCAGAUGGUAGUGAUGAGUCAAAUUCAUGUGAAGUGGGUGUAACUGGUAGCAGCUUAUGGACAAACUCUGAAAUAAGAGAACCAAGGCAAGGAGCAGAGCAGAAUGCACAAGAACACACGGUCGAAGUGCAGGACAUGAAUAUGAACACCUCCUGUGGGUCUGAUGUGCUGGAGGAGAUGAUGCAGGCUGAGGAGCAGAAGGAAUGUGCAGAGGCUACCGCGGACGAGUGUGGUAACGAGCGAGCCGAACACGUCCCAUCAGUGCCGAUUACGCCAACAUUUAGUCAAACUAGCAGCCAGAGUUCAUCUCAGGGGCAGAAGGAGGGUAGAGACACCCCAUCGUUCGUUUUCUCCUUGAACUCUGGACCAAACACUCCUACAUUCUCAGGCUUCGACUGCAACUUCGAAGUGGAACCGAGCCAGCAUGAGGAGUCAUCUUUCAUGUUCUCCAGCUCUUAUUUCAGCAAGACGUCUCCUGAAUCUAAUCUACCAGCAGGAUUUCUGUUCGACGAAUCGGAGAAUCGUACAGAGGAAGACUUUGCGUUUUCUUUUAGCUCUAAAAGCCCUCAGCCCAGCUCGGGUGGGUCAGGAGGGGCUGGAGAUGCUUUUCCUUUCUCCUUCAGCUUUGGGAAAUUUUAACUCUAUUGUAGGUUUUUGCUUUUCGGUAAACAGUGAUUUAGUUCAUUUUACUUCGAGUUAGAUUCUGACAUUUUAUAGUUUUAAUAUUAUAUUUCUAACAUUGUCUUUUUUGACUUUGUUCAUGGUUAGAGGGUAUUUGGUCUGAUGUUCUGAUACAGUGAAUGAAUACUAAAUAUAUACAAUUCUUCUGCAAAGAUUCUGUUUGAGGUCACUAAACACUGAAUUACAGCUUACAGAUAAUUAAAGUUUGGUGUGUUGUAAAUAAAUAAUACAUCAACAAGA